CGCCCUAGCGCUCCGGCCCAGCUCUCGCGGACAAGUCCCGACAUCGCGCGCCCCCCCUCCGGGACCGCCCCCUCCCCCCUCUCGGCGUCGUCGAAGAUAAACAAUAGUUGGCCGGCGGGCGCUGAGCGCGUCUCCCGCCGCCGGAUUCGGCGGGCUGCGUGGGACCGGCGGGAUCCCAGCCAGCCGGCCAUGGCGGGGCUGUACUCGCUGGGAGUGAGCGUCUUCUCCGACCAGGGCGGGAGGAAGUACAUGGAGGACGUUACUCAGAUCGUGGUGGAGCCCGAGCCGACGGCUGAAGAAAAGCCCUGGCCGCGGCGGUCGCUCUCGCAGCCGUCGCCUCCGCGGCCGUCCCCGCCGGCUCCCGCUGGCAGCGAAGUCCCGGGGAAAGGCCCAGCGGCCGCAGCCCGAGAGGCUCGCGACCCUCCCCCGGACGCCGCGGCCUCGCCGGCUCCCGGUCGCUGCUGCCGCCGCCGCUCCUCAGUGGCAUUUUUCGCCGUGUGCGACGGGCACGGCGGGCGGGAGGCGGCACAGUUUGCCCGGGAGCAUUUGUGGGGUUUCAUCAAGAAGCAGAAGGGAUUCACCUCGUCCGAGCCGGCGAAGGUUUGCGCUGCCAUCCGCAAAGGCUUCCUCGCUUGUCACCUCGCCAUGUGGAAGAAACUGGCAGAAUGGCCAAAGACAAUGACAGGUCUUCCCAGCACGUCAGGGACAACUGCCAGUGUGGUCAUCAUACGGGGCAUGAAGAUGUAUGUAGCUCACGUGGGUGACUCAGGGGUGGUUCUUGGAAUUCAGGAUGACCCGAAGGAUGAUUUUGUCAGAGCUGUGGAGGUGACACAGGACCAUAAACCAGAACUUCCCAAGGAAAGAGAACGAAUCGAAGGACUUGGUGGGAGUGUGAUGAACAAGUCUGGGGUGAAUCGUGUAGUUUGGAAACGACCUCGGCUUUCUCACAAUGGACCUGUUAGAAGGAGCACAGUUAUUGACCAGAUUCCUUUUCUGGCAGUAGCAAGAGCACUUGGUGAUUUGUGGAGUUAUGAUUUCUUCAGUGGUGAGUUUGUGGUGUCACCUGAACCAGACACGAGUGUCCACACUCUUGACCCCCAGAAGCACAAGUAUAUUAUUUUGGGGAGUGAUGGACUUUGGAAUAUGAUUCCACCGCAAGAUGCCAUCUCAAUGUGCCAGGACCAAGAGGAGAAAAAGUACUUGAUGGGUGAGCAUGGACAGUCUUGUGCCAAAAUGCUUGUGAAUCGAGCACUAGGCCGCUGGAGGCAGCGUAUGCUUCGAGCAGAUAAUACUAGUGCUAUAGUGAUCUGCAUUUCUCCGGGUGUGGACAGUCAGGGAAAUUUCACCAAUGAAGAUGAGCUCUUUCUGAACUUGACUGAUAGUCCUUCCUAUAAUAGUCAGGAAACCUGCUUGAUGACUCCUUCCCCAUGUUCUACACCACCAGUCAAGUCACUGGAGGAGGACCCAUGGCCAAGGCUGAACUCUAAGGACCAUGUACCUGCCCUUGUUCGUAGUAAUGCCUUCUCAGAGAAUUAUUUAGAAGUCCCAGCUGAGAUAGCUCGAGGAAGUGUCCAUGCGACAGCUAUACCCUCAAAAGAUCCAGAGCCACUUGAAGAACAUUGCACUAAAGCCCUGACUUUAAGGAUACAUGAUUCUUUGAAUAAUAGCCUGUCAGUUGGCCUUGUGCCUACCAAUUCAACAAAUACCAUCACGGACCAAAAAAAUUUAAAAAUGUCAACUCCAGGUCAAAUGAAAGCCCAAGAAGUUGAAAGAACCCCUCCAGCAAACUUUAAAAGGACAUUAGAAGAAUCCAACUCCGGCCCUCUUAUGAAGAAGCAUAGACGAAAUGGUUUAACUCGAAGUAGUGGUGCUCAGCCUGCAAGCCUCCCCACAACCUCACAGCGAAAGAACUCUGUUAAACUUACUAUGCGACGCAGACUUAGGGGCCAGAAGAAAAUUGGAAAUCCUUUACUUCAUCAGCACAGAAAAACUGUUUGUGUCUGCUGAAAUGUAUCUGAAAAAUGUUUUUUUUCCCCCAAACUUAGGAUUUAAGAGGGCUUUUUGAAGUUGGUGCCGAACUUGAACUUUUUUUAAGGGGACAAAAUAAAAUAGUAUACAGUUUGACUUUUUGGAAUUCAACAGUUUUAUCCUGGCCUUGUACUUGCUUGUAUUAUAAAUGUGAAUUUUGUAGAUGUUAGGGUGUAAGUUGCUGUAAAAUGUGUGUAAAUUUGUACACUUCACACAGACUCAGUCUCUUACUCUGAUACACAGUAAAUAACAAAGGGGCAAAAGGUUAAAAAAAAUCAAAAGAAUCUAUUAGGUUUUAGAAAUACAUGUAAACUUUUAAAAAUGCUUAUUAAGAACUUUGUAUAAGUCACUUGUGAUGAAAACUACACAACUUUUUAGGUAAAUUAUUAAGCAGACUGGAAAAGUGAUGUAUUUUCGUAGUGACCUGUGUUCCCCUGGAUGUUCCUUAGGGACAGCUAGUGUCUUUUAAAAAUUAUUUUUUAUUUCUAAUUUCUUAAUUCAGAAUGAGAUUUUUCAUAGCAGAAGUGUUGAGCCAUGCUGAGAGUAGCUUGGUGUUAGUCUCCGUGUCCUAAUUAAAAUACUAUGCAGUAUCUUUUAACUUGGUAGCAUUUUUCUGAAACAUUAAUCAUCAGAUGUACUCCCCAAAUGUCUAGGGGAGUGUGUUUGCCUACAAAGGUGCCCUUCUCCAUCAUCCCAGACACCCACUGGCAUUAUUAGGUCUUAAAGGAGUUACCCUCUCUCGUGUUUGAAUAAAAUAUGUGAAGUUUUUCUUGCUAUUUCAAUAACGGAUGGUGCUGCUAAUUCCCAACAUUUCUUAAAUUAUUUUAUAUAUCGUACAGUUUUCAUUGAUUAUAUGGAUAUAUGUUUGUUCAUCUAAUAAAUCAGUGAACUGUU